CGUCAAAACUGUACACUGAUCUUUUCUCUGCCUUUCUCUUUCCCAACAGUCCAUUAACUUACGCGGACGAAUCGACCCAAAUAAAUUCCCCCCAUUCUCACUUUAGGGUUCCAAACCAUUUUCCCCAUUAUCCUAUCCCCUCUCUCUUCUCUAUCUGUUUAUGAUCCACUUCAAUUCUCGGAUUCAUUCAAAGUUCCAUCUUUUCUGCUGUUAAAUUUUCAUCGGAUUCCGAUAAAUCGAUUUGUAUUCCAUAGAAGAAGUACAUUUUAUUUAAUUUUCUUCCCGGGAUUUGAGAAAUGCCAGCUACGGAUUACCAAUCGUCUUCAUCACCAUUCACCAGCUUCGGCCGAUCCCUUCUGAGCAUGCGCCGUGAUCUCAUGGAGAAUCCUCGCGAAGAAGAACACGAACAGCUCGAAGCCUUCCAGACGCAAGUGGCGAAUCGUCUCAACGACCUGUUGUCGGCAAAUUCUGGUGAUAUGCUCUCCAUUACCUGGAUCCAGAAGCUGCUCGACGUUUUCCUCUGUUGCCAGGAGGAAUUCAAAUCCAUCGUCUUCAAUUACAAAUCGGUGCUUAACAAGCCUCCUCUGGAUCGAUAUGUCUCUGAAUAUUUCGAGAGAAGCGUGAAGGCUUUGGAUGUGUGCAAUGCUAUACGAGAUGGACUCGAACAGAUCAAGCAGUGGCAGAAGCAAUUGGAGAUUGUGAUUUGUUCAUUGGAGAAUCAGAGAUGUCUCGGAGAUGGCCAAAUCCGUCGCGCGAAGAAGACCUUGCUUGAUCUGGCUAUUUCUAUGCUCGAUGAAAAGGUCUCCAAUUCGUCUCUUUCCCAGAGAAAUCGCUCUUUCGGGAGAAAUAACAACAACAAUAACAACAAGUCUAUGGGACAUUUCAGGUCACUGUCAUGGAGUGUUUCAAGGAAUUGGUCUGCUGCUAGGCAGCUCCAAGCCAUUGGUAACAAUUUAACCUCACCUAAGACCAGUGAAAUCCUUUCUUCAAAUGGAUUAGCUUUAUCGGUUUUCACCAUGAGUUACAUGCUGUAUUUUGUAAUGUGGGCCCUUGUCGCCGCAAUCCCCUGCCAGGACCGCGGCGGACUUAACGCCCCGUUCAACGUUUCCAAGUUUUCUUGGUCUGGCCCGCUUCUCGCCCUCCACGAGAGGAUUCUUGAAGCGUCGAAGAAGCGGGACCGCAAGAACUCGUCUUGCGGGCUGUUGAAGGAGAUUCAUGAGAUGGAGAAAUGCACGAGAGGGCUGAUUGAAUUGACUGAAACGGUUGACUUGCCUUUGACCGAACAGAAGGAGGGAGAGGUGAAGGAGAGAGUGGUCGAGCUGAGGGCCGUGGUUGGUUCCCUUAAGGUUGGGUUGGACCCUUUGGAGGGCAGAGUUAGGGAAGUGUUCCAUAGGAUUGUUCGGUGCAGGACUCAUGGGCUUGACUCCAUUGACCGAUCCACCAUUCUUCGUCAAUGACUCUUGGUCAUCGAUUUGGUUUCUUUUUCUUUUUCAUCCUCUAAAUGUUUCUUAGGGUUAAUUUCUGGUAUUUAUAAUUUGAUACCUGUAUCAUGUAAAGAAAUUAGCAACAUGGGAUAUGUUAAAAUCAGACAAGUUGUGAUUAUUGUUAAAACUCUCGUAUGUGAAUGUAUCAAAGAAAUAUAUGGGUUCAGUUAACAGAUAAAAUGUGUCAUUGAUACU